GUCCACAACUUUAACGUCACCGUAUAGCAGGUACAUUAGCUGUUGAUGUUGAUAAGCUACAGAAACAUUCACCAUUAUCGCAUCUGUUUAGUUUGCGGAUCGCUUUUACUAUAACUUGCUAUCAGUAUUGCUUCAAGUUCAAGAACAACCAGUUCAGUGUAGUACAUUCCUCUCAGUACAAAUCAUCUACCUCAUUAGCAAUAUGGUUGAAAAUAAGCAAAUCCCUUUCGACCCCGUUCCGCUGGAAAAUGUCUACGUCAAUCUACGCAGCGUCGAGCAAUCGGUUGACCUUUUGACGUCGUCGCUUAUCAAGCGACAAACUCCGGCACAAAUGCUGCACUGGACACUGAAGGCGCUGCGUCUGACGGAUCUGACCACCCUGAGUGGCGAUGACACGCGGGCCAAUGUGGAACGGCUGUGCUUCCGGGCAGCCCAUCCGUUCCCGGAACGGCACCUGGUCGGUGCCAUCGAGGGAAGCAUUCAUACGGCGGCCGUUUGCGUGUACCCCAAUCGGGUACGCGAUGCGUACGAAUCGCUGAAGGCUUUGGGCAGGGAGAGCGAGAUCGGAAUCGCUGCAGUUGCAACCGGCUUUCCGUCUGGUUCGUAUCCGCUGAAGACCCGUUUGGCAGAGAUCGAAUAUGCCAUUGAGCAGGGAGCAUCGGAAAUUGAUGUAGUCGUAGAUCGCAGCCUGGUGCUGACCAACAAGUGGGAGCAGCUGUACGACGAAAUUGUGCAGAUGAGACAUGCUUGCGGAGAUCGUGCUCAUCUGAAAACGAUUCUGGGGAUUGGAGAGUGUGGAACCAUGGUCAACGUAUACAAAGCAUCCAUGGUCGCCAUGAUGGCCGGAUCGGACUUCAUCAAGACUUCGACUGGCAAAGAAGCUGUUAAUGCAACUUUGCCAGUAGGUUUGGUCAUGAUCCGUGCCAUUCAGGAGUUCCACAGACUAACCGGAAAGAAAAUCGGACUUAAACCAGCAGGAGGAGUUCGCACUGUAAACGAUGCCGUAGCUUGGAUGAUUAUGAUUCAGGAAACCCUUGGCGACGAAUGGCUUCAACCGGAGUUGUUCCGUUUCGGAGCUUCGGGGCUUUUGGAUGACGUCGAAAAGCAAUACUACAAACUCGCAGCGGAAUACAUAAGGAUCGCUCACGAGAAAGCUGCCGCAGCAGAAACUGCCAGUAUGAAAUAAGUAGCAUUUAACCGCUUUGACAUAAGUGAUUUGUUCACAACACACAGUUUCCAAGAUUUGACGAGUUUUUACUUUGUUUUAUUAAAAUUUGUACAAUGCAAUAACAAUAAAUAAACUAGAAAAAUUG